CGCCGUUUCUUGGCUGGUAUCUUGCCCCCCCUCGGGCCACUUCCCAAGUGAAGGGCCAAGAGGAUGUGAAGUUAGAUUUCCUGAAAGUGGAGAGGGUUCAUACACGUGCUUUGGAAAAUGCCGGGCUGGGAGGACGCCCAGGGGAAUCCUGGAUGCCCCGACUGUCUCAUUUAUUGAACGUCUAGUUAGUUCUAGAGCAGGUGUCUUACGCUCAGGAGUUCCUCAUCGAUAAAACGGGGAUGAUGAUGUAUCCACCUCACAGAGUUUUAGGGCGUUUUCAUUGAGACCACGUGUGCACAGUGUCCGAUAUUAGUGCCUUGCGCGUAGCUAGCGUUCAUUAGACUAGCCGUUGUGGGGAGGGUUGCAACAGCCGAGAUGGCGCGUGCACCUUGAUUCAGAAUCUUCAGGGGCCAAGUUUGGGAGAAGAGAGAGAGGAGCUGGUAUAAAUCAGUGGCUCCUUGCCCAGCCUCUCACCCUUGUGGACGUGCUCCUAAGGGGAUAAGACCAGGAGACUGCUCUGGGAGAGGCUGAGUGAGGCACCCCAAGGGAUGCCAGUAAUACUAGGCUGUGGAGAAAAGUUGUGGUCCCUGGCCCCAGCCAGCUCUUAAGUGGUGAAAUGGUAGAGUUGGAAGAGUUUGGAGCUUACAGCUGUGGUCAUUUAUUUCAGGCCUGGUGGAACAACAGCUCUGUAGUUGCAACAUCCUCAGCAAAUUGUGUCUGAGUCUCAAUGUUCCCAUCUCUAAAACAGGAAUAAUACAGUCCUCAAAAGGUUGACUGGAAGAUUAAAAGAGAUCUUACAUGCGUACCACCUAGUGCUGUGCCUGGCACGGAGUAAACACUUGAUAAAUAUAAAGUAAUGGGCACUCACAAGCACCAGUUAAUCAGUAGUGAUAAAAGACUUGGGAAUUACCCAGCUAUUAACUGCUCCUGGGACUUAUUCCUUUGCAAAACAUGUGUGUGUCCUUACUGCCUCUGGAAGGUAGACGUUGGGGGCCAAACAUCUCAGGUGAGCUGACAGCAAUAAAAUUCAAUUUACAGAGUCAUAAGGGAAUAUAUUUUGGCUCUCUGGCGAGCAGCCUGAGCCAGAAAGAAAUUCCAGAACCUCCAAAGAGACCCCUCAGCAACCUGACCCUCCCUGGGAGUGGGCCUCUACCACUGGGAGCCAAGGUGGAUUGCCUUCACCAGUGGGCUGAUCCUGUGGCCUUUUGCUGCUCCCAUAAAUGGUCGAAGGAGCAGGAUAUUCUUUAAUCUGCUGGAAUCAGGAGUCUAUUGGCUCCCAGCCUGGGGAGAUGGGUUCUUGGGGGCCUUGGGAACUGAGGAAAGGGUGGCAUCUCUGGGCCCUGGGAAAGGACAGAGGACUCGGGAAUAUUGAACAGACCCUUAAAUAUCUGUGAAGAAAUGACUAUUUUGCACGGAGGCUUUUUGCUGGCUGAGCAGCUGUUCAGCCCCAAAGCAUUGGCAGAAUUGACCAAGUCUGACUGGGAGCAUGUUGGGCGGCCCAUUGUGGAGGCCUUGAGGGAGAUCUCUGCCACAGCAUGCUCCCAGCCCUUUGCCUGGAAGAAGAAGGCUCUGGUUAUCAUCUGGGCCAAGGUUCUUCAGCCCCACCCCAUCACCCCUUCUGACACUGAAACUCGGUGGCAGGAAGAUGUGUUCUUUUCAGUAGGCAACAUGAUCCCUGCCAUCAAUCACACGGUCCUUUUUGAACUGCUCAAGUCCCUGGAAGCUUCUGGACUCUUUAUCCAGCUCCUGAUGGCCCUGCCUACCACCAUCUGCCGUGCAGAACUAGAGCAUUUUUUGGAGCACAUGGCUAUUGACACUUCUUCAAAGGAUGUGGCCUUCUUCCUAGAUGUCUGGUGGGAAAUGAUGAAGCACAAGGGUAAUCAGCAGGAUCCCCUGCUCUCCCAGUUUAAGACAAUGGCCCAUAAGUACUUGUCCUCUUCAGAUGACUUCUCCCACCCUCCAAAGAGGUUUAAGUCAGACCCAGAUGUGUGUCCUACCAUGCCCCUGUUGGCCAUGCUGCUCACUGGCCUGAAGCAAAUCCAAAACAGAAUCCUAUGCCCCGGAAUGAAGUGCUGUGCAUUAGCCAACUUGGCUGACAUGCUGACCGUGUUUGCACUGAUGGAGGACGACCCUCAGGAAGUGUCUGCGACUGUGUAUCUAGACAAACUGGCCACAGUGGUCUCCGUGUGGAAUUCGGACACCCAGAACCCUUAUCACCAACAGGCAUUGGCAGAGAAGGUCAAGGAGGCAGAACGGGACGUCAGCCUGAGCUCGAUGGCCAAGCUCCCGAACGAGACGAUUUUCAUUGGGUUUGAGUUCAUGCGCAGCCUGCUGCGGGAGUGGGGGGAGGAGCUGCAGGCCAUGCUCAACAGCAGCCAGGGAAUGAGUUACGACAGCUACCGGCUGUGUGACAGUCUGACUUCCUUCAGCCAGAACUUGAAGCUCUAUCUGGAUACCACCAGCUUGCCCAAGGAGGAAAGGCAGGUGGUCUCUGAUCUGGCAGAGUGUGUUGGGGACUUCCUGAGAAAAACGAACACGGUGCUGAACAAGGGCUUGGAGAAGGACAUCACUGCCUCAAUCGCCAUGGCCAUCAUUGAGCAGAAGAUGGACCGGCAUAUGGAAAUGUGCUACAUUUUUGCUUCUGAGAAGAAGUGGGCCUUCUCGGACGAGUGGCUAGCCUGCUUGGUUAAUAACCAGGCUCUCUUCCAAGAGCCAGACUUGGUGUUAAAGCUGCUGGAAACAGUGGUGGAAGUCAGCACGACAGACACAGCCAUUCCCAAAUCUCAGAUCAAACAAGUGAUCGAUUUGAUCCUGGAAUGUUAUGCAGACCUCUCAAUGCCAGAUAAAAAUAAAGUCCUCUCAGGUGUUCUGCUUUCCUGGGGGAGAAAGGGCCUCUCUGAGAAGUUGUUGGCUUACUUGGAGGGGUUUCAGGAAGACCUCAACAUGACUUUUAACCAGCUUGCGCAGAGUGCCUCUGAACAGGGCUUGGCUAAAGCUGUGGCCUCUGUGGCCCGCCUGGUAAUACUGUACCCAGAGAUCACAGUGAAGAAAAUGUGCAGCAUGGCUGUGGUCAAUCUCGGCACCCACAAGUUCCUGGCUCAGAUUCUGACCACCUUCCCCGCCCUUAAGUUCACAGAAGAGCAGGGUCCCAAUGCAUCCACCACUUUCAUGGUGUCAUGCCUCAAAGAAACUGUCUGGACAAAGUUCUCUACACCCAAGGAAGAAAAGCAAUUUUUGGAGCUCCUGAGCUGCCUGAUGAGUCCUGUGAAGCCUCAGGGGAUGCCAGUCGCUGCUCUUCUUGAGCCAGAUGAGGUGCUAAAGGAAUUUGUCUUGCCUUUUUUGAUGCUAGAUGUGGAAGAGGUGGACAUCAGUCUGAAGAUCUUCAUCCAGACUCUCGAAGCAGACGCCUGCUUAAAGGAAUUCUGGCUCCAGACCUGUGCUCCGUUUCCCCUCAUCUUCAGCUUGUGCCAGCUCCUGGAUUGCUUCAGCAAAUACUGGCAGCUCCCCAAGGAGAAGCGGUGCCUCUCUUUGGAUGAGAAGGAUCUAGUGAUCCAGAUCCUGGAGCUCCUCUGUGAGAUUGUAUUAGCUAAUGCUGAGACGUUUUCCCCAGACACCUGGAUCAAGUCCCUGUCCUGGCUCCACCGGAAGUUGGAGCAGCUAGACUGGACUGUGGGCCUGAGACUGAAGAACUUUUUUGAAGGGCACUUCAAGUGUGAAGUGCCCGCCACACUUUUUGAAAUCUGUAAGCUUUCUGAGGAUGAGUGGACCUCCCAGACCCACCCUGGAUAUGGGCCAGGAACAGGGCUUCUUGCCUGGAUGGAAUGCUGCUACGUUUCCAGCAGCAUCUCUGAGCAGAUGCUCUCCCUCUUGGUGGUGGAUGUGAGUAACCCUGAAGAGGUCAGAUUGUUCAGCAAGGGCUUUCUGGUGGCCCUGGUGCAAGUCAUGCCUUGGUGCAGCAGCCGGGAAUGGCAAUACCUUUACCAGUUGACCAGGAAACUGUUGGAGAAACAACUCCUGCACGUCCCUUAUAGCCUGGAAUAUAUUCAGUUUGUUCCUCUGCUCAACUUGAAGCCUUUGGCCCAGGACCUCCAACUCUCCGUACUCCUCCUGAGAGCGUUCCAGUUUCUCUGCAGCCAGAGUUGUCGUAAUUGGCUUCCUAUGGAAGGCUGGAGCCAUGUAGUCAAACUCCUCUGUAGCAGUCUGACCAACCUUCUGGACUCAGUUAGGUUGACACAGUCAGCUGGUGCUUGGGCCCAAGGUCAAGAACAGGACCUGACCCAGGAAGCCCUCUUUUUUUAUACCCAGGUAUUCUGUCACGUUCUGCACAUCAUGGCCAUGCUCCACCAAGAGGUGUGUGAACCACUGUACGUUUUGGCCUUGGAAAUCCUCACCUGCUAUGAAACCCUGAGCAAGACCAUCAACCCUUCUGUUAGUGCCUUGCUCCAGAAGGUAAAUGACCAGCGCUUCUUAAAGUCCAUUGCCAAGAACAUUAGCCCUGAGGAGUGGCGCCAAACCCUGCUGCAGAAGAUCAGCAACUUCUGACCGCUGUAGAUCAGAAAACAGCUGGGCCUCUGCUGGGUGGGGUCUAUAGGGGCUAGAACUGAGAAACACAACCUUUUCAGUUAUGUGAACUUGUACACAAGCUAAAAAGCAUAUGGUAAUAACAAUGUAAAGAAAAUAGUUCCUUAGGUAAUUGUAACAUACAAACUAUAAGAAAAUUUUGAGUUUCA